ACAAAAGGUUUGAGAUUUGCAGACAAAAUUAAAGAAAAAGUGCGUUUUUAUCACUCUUGUUGCGAAUAGCAUGAGUGCAGCUGAACAUUCCAGCACCAGCGGACAAAUGUCGACCUCGAGCACCAUGCUAAGCCUGGCAGAAAAGCAGAAGUACAUCGAAAACUACGACUUCCCCUACUGCGAUGAGUCCAGCAAGUACGAGAAGGUGACGAAAAUCGGUCAGGGAACUUUCGGUGAGGUGUUUAAGGCAAGGGAAAAGAAAUCAACCAAAAAGUUUGUAGCGCUCAAGAAGGUGCUGAUGGAAAAUGAAAAGGAAGGGUUUCCAAUUACCGCGUUGCGUGAAAUUCGCAUCCUACAGCUGCUUAAACACGAGAAUGUGGUGAACCUGAUCGAGAUUUGUCGUACCAAGGCCACCGUACAGAAUCGUUACCGGUCCACGUUCUAUCUUGUGUUUGAUUUUUGCGAGCACGAUCUGGCUGGGUUGCUGUCCAAUAUCAAUGUGAAGUUUAAUUUGGGUGAAAUUAAGAAGGUUAUGCAGCAACUGCUCAACGGACUUUACUACAUUCACAGCAAUAAGAUCCUCCACCGCGACAUGAAGGCAGCAAACGUACUGAUAACGAAGAAUGGCGUCCUUAAGUUGGCCGACUUUGGACUCGCACGUGCAUACAGCGUAUCAAAGAACGGUUUACCGAAUCGAUACACCAACCGUGUAGUGACGCUUUGGUACCGCCCGCCGGAACUGCUGCUGGGCGAUCGUAACUACGGUCCACCGGUCGAUAUGUGGGGUGCCGGUUGUAUCAUGGCCGAAAUGUGGACCCGCUCUCCGAUCAUGCAAGGUGCGACGGAACAGCAGCAGCUCAUUCUCAUUUCGCAGCUGUGCGGUUCGUUCACGAACGAUGUAUGGGCGGAUGUGGAGAAUCUGGAGCUGUUCCACAAGAUGGAGCUACCGAUGGGUCACAAGCGAAAGGUGCGUGAGCGCUUGCGUCCGUACGUGAAGGACCCGCACGGUAUCGAUCUGCUCGAUUAUCUGCUAAUGUUGGACCCGAAAAAGCGUAUCGAUGCGGACACGGCACUGAAUCACGACUUCUUUUGGACGGACCCGAUGCCGUGUGAUUUGAGCAAAAUGCUGUCGCAACACACGCAGAGCAUGUUUGAGUAUCUGACACCGCCGAGACGGCCGGGACACAUACGCCACUACCAGCAGCAGAUGGUGAAUAUGCAGGCUAAACCGCAGGACAACAGCUACCAGGAUCGGGUGUACUAG